AUGCCGCCCAAGAAGGUUGAGAAAGGAGGCAAAAAGCCUGCCACCCAAAAGGUUGUCGAGGACAAGACCUUCGGCAUGAAGAACAAAAAAGGCGGUGCCGCUCAAAAGCAAAUAAAGCAGAUUGUUGCUCAAGCAAAGUCAGGUGGAACCCCGGAACAGAAGCGGAAAGAGGCCGAAAAGGCUGAGAGAGCGAAAGAGAAGAAGGCGGCAGAGGAUGCCCAGAGGGAGGCGGAGGCACUUCUUAAUAAGCCUGCUCAAGUCCAAAAAGUCCCCUUCGGCGUCGACCCUAAGACAGUCGUCUGUAUCUUUUACAAGAAAGGCAACUGUGAAAAGGGCAAGAAGUGCAAGUUCUCCCACAACCUCGAAGACGAACGAAAGACGGAGAAGAAGAGCCUGUACCAGGAUACCCGUCAGGAUGAGGAGGAAAAGAAGAAGACCGAGACCUCAGCGGACUGGGACGAGGAGAAACUCCGAUUGGUCGUUCUUUCGAAGAAGGGCAAUCAGAGGACGUCCACCGAUAAGGUCUGCAAGUAUUUCAUUGAGGCCAUCGAAGACGGAAAAUACGGCUGGUUCUGGGUAUGUCCCAAUGGAGGGGAUAAGUGCAUGUACAAGCAUGCUUUGCCACCUGGCUUUAUCUUGAAAACCAAGGAGCAACGGGCAGCGGAGAAGGCUCUGCUGGACAAGUCUCCACUCAAGACCCUUACCCUCGAGGAAUUUUUGGAAUCCGAACGCCACAAGCUCGUUGCGCCUCUCACCCCGGUCACACCCGAGACCUUUGCGAAGUGGAAGAAGGAGCGCCUGAGCAAGAAGGCGGCCGAGGAACAGGCGAAGCGGGCCAAGGAGGCUACCGGUCGUGCCAUGUUCGAGAGUGGAUCCUGGAAGUUGGAUGACGACUUGGACGACGACGAUGAUGGCGCAUUGAACCUGGAAAAGCUACGCGCGGAAACUGAGGCAUUGCGCGAAAAGAAGGAGGAGGAGAGAUUGGCUACGCUCUACGGGACUGGUACCGUUGACACCACAGACACACCGAACGGCGAACCAUCGGGAUCUUGA